AUGGGGGGCACAAAAACAGUGUGUGCACCAAACACAACCAGAGCCUUACAUCAAACACUAGGCCAUUCCCCAAUUCACACUGUAGUGGAAGCAUUAAGUGCACCAAAUACAACAAGAGCCAUACAUCGAAAACCAGGUCACUCCCCAAUUCACACUGUAGUGGAAGCAUUAAGUGCACCAAAUACAACCAGAGCCAUACAUCGAACAUCAGUCCACUCCCAAGUUCACACUGUAGUGGAAGCAUUAAGUGAACCAAAUACAACCAGAGCAAUGCAUCGAAUACAAGGUCACUCACCCAUUCACACUGUAUUGGAAGCAUUAAGUGCAGCAAAUACAACCAGAGCCAUACAUCGAACACAAGGUCACUCCCCAAUUCACACUGUAGUGGAAGCAUUUAGUGCAACAAAUACAACCAGAGCCAUACAUCGAGCACCAGGUCACUCCCCAAUUCACACUGUAUUGGAAGCAUUAAGUGCAACAAAUACAACCAGAGCCAUACAUCGAACACCAGGUCACUCCCCAGUUCACACUGUAUUGGAAGCAUUAAGUGCACCAGUCAUACAUCGAACACCAGUCCGCUCCCCAAUUCACACUGCAGUGGAAGCAUUAAUUGCACCAAAUACAACCAGAGCCAUAUAUCGAACACCAGUCCACUCCCAAAUUCACUCUGUAUUGGAAGCAUUAAGUGCACCGAAUACAACCAGAGCCAUACAUCGAACGCCAGGACACUCCCCAAUUCACACUGUAUUGGAAGCAUUAAGUGCACCAAAUACAACCAGAGCCAUACAUCAAACACUAGGGCAUUCCCCAAUUCACACUGUAUUGGAAGCAUUAAGUGCACCAAAUACAACCAGAGCCAUAUAUCGAACACCAGGACACUCUCCUAUUCACACUGUAGUGGUAGCGUUAAGUGCACCAAAUACAACCAGGCCAUACAUCGAACACCAGGCCCACUCCCCAUCACACUGUAUUGGAAGCCCAUACAUCGAACACCCAGUCCGCUCCCCAAUUCACACUGUAGUGGAAGCAUUAAGUGCACCAAAUACAACCAGAGCCAUACAUCGAUCACCAGUCCACUCCCGAAUUCACACUGUAGUGGAAGCAUUAGGUGCACCAAAUACAACCAGAACCAUGCAUCAAACACCCGGCCACUCCCCAAUUCACACUAAAGUGAAAGCAUUAAGUGCACCAACUACAACCAUAGCCAUGCAUCGAACACCAGGCCACUCCCCAAUACACACUGUAUUGGAAGCAUUAAGUGCACCAAAUACAACCAGAGCCAUGCAUCGAACACCAGUCCAAUCCCCAAUACACACUGUAUUGGAAGUAUUAAGUGCUCCAAAAUACAACCAGAGCCAUGCAUCGACUCCCCAAUACACACUGUACUGGAAGCAUUAA